AUGUUCACGCAACGCACCGUUGUGGAUGAGGAUGGCUCAACGUCCGUCAAGCCUCUCAAUGCGACCGUGUUCCCUGCUUUUACAUCCUUUCCCACCCGCAAGACAUUGAAGCUGAACAUCACAGAGGACUUUGAGUUUGAGCUCAAGUAUGGUGCCAAUGCCAGUGAUGGCUUGGCAGGACUGUUGGUUGGCACGCACGCUGUGGAUGGUGUGGCUGCCGCUGUGGCCGCGCAUCCCAAUGCCACCUUUCAGGGCGUCAAAGUGCGCUUUGAGCUGGAUCUCAGCGGCCUGGUCAACGUCUCGCGCAUUGAGGUGCAAUUCGAGGCCGAGGCCGAGGAGGAGUCAAUGCUGAAGAAGAUUGGCGACUCGAUUGGCCUAGGCAGUCUGUUUGGCGAUGGCGAGAAGGCUGCUGAGGAUGACGAGUCAGAAGACGAUGCCGCUCCUGAUAAUGGCGCGACAGACGGUACGCCUCAUGCUGAGCCGUCGCAGGAGAAGCCGGCCGACUCAGAAUCCAAGCCGGCCGAGAGCACCGAGAAGACAACCACAGAGGGUGCGACCGAUGAUGCCGGUGACAGCAGUAAUGCAACCAAGACCGAAGAGACGAGCCAGCGGAACACUACGACUGCCGCAUCUGCCAAGGCAACGAAGGAGAACAAUAUUCGCGUCGUCUUGGAGGAUCGUCAUACUCUGCACGAUUUGCGUGGUUUGGUUGGCGCUGCGUUUACCGAGGCGCGUGCGCGUCUGGUAGCGCUCAAGGCUACCGAGGACCGUAAGCGCCGUACUGAGAAGGCGCAGAAUACUCUUGAGACUUUCAUCUACACUACCCGCGACAAGUUGCUGGAGGAAGAGUAUACCCGCGUGACGACCGACGAGUUGCGUGAGUCUAUCAACACUCGCCUCGGCGAAGUCUCGGACUGGCUGGAUGAGGACGGCUGGGAGGCGGAGUUUGAAGCCUUUGAAGAGCACCUGGAACAGCUCAACGGCUCGAUGAAAGACGUGGAGUACCGCGUGCGAGAGAUGCGAGAGCGCCCUCAGGUGUUGGCCGAUCUGAAGCAGACACUGAACAUGACGAUCACCUUUGUGGGUCGCAUGAAGACCAUUGCGGCCAACCAGACGCUGCACGACGCCCCGGAGUGGUAUACCAAGCGCGAGAUUGAGGACUUGGAGCAACUGUACAACGAGACUCUGGCUUGGUUGACCAAUAAGACGACAGAGCAGGACGCAGCACCUUUGACCGAGAAUCCCGUACUGAAGACGUCAGCCAUGGUCAACAAGAACAAGAAGCUCAUGCGCGAACUGAUGUAUCUCGUCAAGAAGCCAGCCCCCAAGCCCAAGAAGGCUCCCAAGGUGAAUGCCACCACGACUGAGGGCAACAGCACUGAUGUGCCCGAGACAGAUGAAGCUGAUGUGAUUCCGGACAAGGAUGCGGGAGCGGAGGACGAGGCGGGAUCGGCAUCGUCGGAUGACGCUAGUGUCGAUGCUGAUGCUGAUGCUGAUGCUGAUGCUGAUGCUGAUGCUGAUGACUUUGAUGGUUCUGAUACGGCUCCAGAGGAGCAAGCAGACGCGAAAGCCGAGACCUGUCCAAAGGGCCGGGCCACCGUCACACAAUACGUGUGUGACAGAGCGCUCACUGGAGUGCAGCCCCGCGGCGCCGAGGGCUGGCUUGACCCGUGGUGCGUGACAGUCCAGCGCCACGAAACGCAGGCUGCCUGUCGCGCCGAAUGGAGCAAAAUGCCAUGCGCCACGAACCAAGUCCCCGUUCCUACCCCUGAACAAGCCGCAUAUCAGCGUCAUGAGAUUAUGGGCUUGACACACUUUAACAUGGCUACUUUUGUGGAGGACGGCGAUCCAGCUUGCAACCCCACCAACUGGAAUUGGAAUCUGAAGGAUUCGUAUGGUCCCAACGUGCAGGUCUACAGCAUCGGGAAGCAAAACAAGGAGCAAGGCAAGGUGUUCAAGCACUUUGACUACUGGGGACGCACGGCAAAUCUCUGCAGCAGCCUCUCGGCACAGUGUGUGCCUUACCAAGAUCGCCGCUACCCGCCUGACGACCGAAUCUUGACAAAACUCAGUCAACUGGAUGUGACGGGCUCGUUCUAUCAGAAGUGGGAGGUGGCGAGGCUUGCAACUGCCGUGGAUGUGCUCAGCUACCCUUACGUGAAGCCGGCAGACACCGUCGAGAUUGAGCAACUGGUCCAGGUCAUCUACCAACUGAAGGCCAUCCAUAGCGUUGACUUUGUGCACGGCGACAUUCUUCCUCGCAACAUUCUUUUUUGCAGCGACUGGGAAGGGCAUCCUGCGGCCUUUCUCAUCGACUUUGAUCUCGGCCGGUUUCUUGCUGCUAAUCCUGCCCACAACCCCGUCUAUGCCUCCAAUUUUGCCAGGGAAGGAAAGCCGCUGGAGCCUUUUCGUCACCCAUCUGCCCGGCGGAAUUUGCCAAUGCAGAAGGAGCACGAUGGCUUUGCCUUGGCACGUGUCAUGGAGAAGUUUUUGCAGGACGAUGAGGCUCGUCAGCAGCUGGUGGCUGCGUUGGAAGAGCUGCAGCUGGAUGACGCUGCCACGCUGUGUCAGAGGUGCUCGCUUUUGCCGCUAGACAAUGUUGCUGGGCUUGGCAAGGCCACGGGCAGUCCUCGACGUUAAUGUGCCAACCUGGCCCUCCCCUUUUCCAAGUAUUCCUGACCCUUGUGCUUAUUUUCCGGCCCAUUUUGCGCCAAAGCGACGGCUGUCAUCAGUUCAUUGUAGUGUCAUG